AUGUCCAGAAGGUAUUCUGAUCCGGAGAAGUUCAGUUCCUCGGUUAUUACAAACGGCGCAUUUAAACAGUUAAAAUCGGAUGAGUUGUUACGAAGACUUUUGUAUCGAACUCCGUCGGAAGAAGUUAACGCGAGUGAUUCAUCCGGGUCGAAAGAAUUCUUUAGCGCGGAGAAUUGUGGAGAAGGAGACGAUACAAAAAGCCCUUCGAAUCUUAAUACUCAACCAGUUGGUUUGGUUGAGUUACUUUUAAAAGGGACAGAACGUAAUAAAGAUGAUAUUAAUAUGGACUACAAUGAACAAUCUACAAAUGUUAACUGUGAAUACAAAGACGGUGCGGUUGUGGAAAAUGAACUCAGUGACUUAUUUAAAAGUGAUUUUGAAAGUGGUUUUGAAAAAGAUUGGGAAUUUAUUUUGUCAAAAGCUGAAAAUUUUAACAUUCAAUCAUCACCUUCAAAUGAUAGUUGUGAUUUCUUGGAAUUACUAUCCAUUCCUGUUAGUGAAAUUCUUAAAUCAUCGGAUGAUUGUGAACAAAUAGAGGAAGAAAAUGUAAAAAGUUUUGAAGAAAUAAAUGGAUCUAAAGAAAAUGAUGGAAAAGAAAAAACUAUUUCUAAUGAAAGUGAUAAUAAUCCUAUGGUUUUUGUUCCUUCUGAUCCUUUCGAAUGGAAUGAAACUCACAUUAAAUCCUGGUUGAGUUGGGCCACCGAUAAAUUCUCUUUAACACCAAUCCCGGACGUUAGGAAUUUCCCAAAAUCCGGCCAGAAAUUAUGUGAAUUAACCCGGAAAGAAUUCGAGGACAUCUGCAAAAAUGAACGUUCGGGCCGAUUAUUAGCAAAACACAUCGCCCAUUUAAAGCACAGCGUUACCGGAAGAGCAACCAGUCCAUUAAAUACAAAAGCUAAAAUUGAAGAAGAAGAUCCGUAUCAGCUGCUGAACGCCGCAUCAAGCCGAUUGGUCGCCCAAGGAUCCGGUCAAAUCCAGCUCUGGCAAUUCCUCCUCGAACUACUCGGUGAUUCGUCCAACUCUCAGUGUAUUACUUGGGAAGGCACCAAUGGUGAAUUCAAGCUCACCGAUCCGGACGAAGUUGCCAGACGAUGGGGAGAGCGCAAGUCCAAACCGAAUAUGAAUUAUGAUAAACUUUCAAGAGCAUUAAGAUAUUAUUACGAUAAAAACAUUAUGUCCAAAGUCCAUGGUAAAAGAUAUGCUUAUAAAUUUGAUUUUCAUGGCUUGAUGGCUGCGUGUCAAGCUCAAGCUCAAGGUCAAACGGAUAUACCCGGUUAUCAGAAAUAUCAGCCACAUCAAAGUGAAUUAGGAGCCGCUUUGUAUCCAACAACAGGACAUGGUCACGGAGCCGGAAAAUUACCCGCUUUAUUACCCAGUCCAUCGCAACAUGCACAAGCAAGUUUGUUUCCCCCACCAGGAUAUUGGCCAUAUUCAACUGGUUCUUUUGAAGCAAGACCUCCAUUUAAUUAAAAAAAAUAAAUAAUAUUCUAGAUAUUUGUGUUA